AUGUCGCACAGUCACUCACAUGACGGCCCCUCGCACUCGCACGCUGCUGCUGAUCACGGGCAUACCCACGAGAUCCUAGAUGGACCUGGUAGCUUCGUGGGACGCGAGAUGCCUAUCAUUGAGGGCAGAGAUUGGGAGGACAGGGCGUUCACAGUAGGCAUUGGAGGACCUGUAGGCUCCGGAAAGACGGCCCUCAUGUUGGCUCUAUGCAAAGCACUUCGACAACGCUUUGGCAUAGCUGCAGUGACCAACGACAUCUUUACAAGAGAAGACGGCGAGUUCUUGACUAGACACAAAGCGCUCCCAGCUGAACGCAUUGUCGCUGUUGAGACGGGAGGCUGCCCUCACGCCGCCGUCCGUGAAGACAUCUCGGUCAACCUCCUGACCCUGACAAAUCUCCACCACAAGUUCAAUACCGACCUCCUGCUUAUCGAAUCCGGCGGCGACAACCUCGCAGCCAACUAUUCGCGCGAGCUUGCUGAUUUUAUUAUCUACAUCAUCGAUGUGUCCGGCGGCGACAAGAUCCCUCGCAAGGGCGGACCAGGCAUCACGCAGUCCGAUCUGCUGGUGGUAAACAAGAUCGACCUAGCCGAGGCCGUGGGUGCGGAUUUGAAUGUUAUGGAACGCGACAGCAGGAGGAUGCGCGAGGGUGGGCCAACGAUCUUUGCGGUCGUGAAGAAAGGCCAGGGUGUGGAUGCUAUUGUUGACCUGAUUCUGUCAGCAUGGAAGGCUUCAGGGGCUACGCAAGCGCGAAAGAGCAAGUUCGAGCCAACACUGAUGGAUGACGCCGAACAAGGCCAAGAGAGGAGCUACAGCAUGUCUUGA